AACUUGUUACAAUUAAUCAAUACAUUUGAUUUUAGAGUCAUGACUAUGAAAUAUUUAAUUGCAUAUCUCUUAAUUGUUGUAAUGGUAAUUCCCUCAAACAAAGCUCAGCUUGGUAUUAUCAAUGAUCUCUUGGGUUCUGCUAAUAUCCAAGGAACUGUACUUUGCACUUCUAAGGACAAUGUGGGUGAUGUCAAUGGUGCUGCAACCCCUGGUUUUUCAAAUGCUCAAGUACAAUUAAAAUGUGGAGGAAACAUGCUAUCUAAUGCAACAACUGAUGGUGAUGGAAAAUUUUCAAUGAUGAUGGACAAUCCUCUACUCUAUGAUUUGUCUUCACUACUCACUGGUUGUAACCUAAUGGUUCCUACACCACUUUCCAAAUGCAACACAAAACUUCCUUCUGUUGGUGGCCUCAUUUCAACUCUCAAAUAUGUUGGAAUCAGUCGUAUUGGAACUCACACUCUUGCCAAUAUUGCACCAUCAGGAUUUCAUUUCAUUCCCUUAACUUGAUUAAUUAAACCACAGAUCUACAAAGGAGGAUAUUUAUAAAAUUAAAAUUAAAUAAAGUUAUAUCCUCUUGUAUUCUUAUUAUUUUCUAUUGUAGUGCUUGAAGCUGAAAAUUGUCUUCUUUGUUGUGUCUAUAUUGGCUUUUUUAGAUAAAGAAAGACUAUUUGCGAAGAAAAAAAA